GUUCCAGUUUUUGUACAGGAAUCCGUUUGCAUUGAUCAAAUUCGYCUGUUGAUAGUUUGUCGAGUCCUUCGUCUUCUCCUCUUUUUUCGACCUCAAACAYAUCAAAAUGCCUCCCCGAAAACGCAGGCGUGAUGAGGAUGAUGACGAAGAAGAAGAAGAAGGCUCACUUGAAGCUGAAAACGGAGUCCGGGGCAAAAGGAAAGCUGCCGUUCAAGCGCGCGCCAAAGUAGUACAAGACAAAGACAGCGACGAAGAGGAAGACGAAGAUUCAGAAGAGGAUGAAGACGACGACGAUGAGGAUUUUAACGAGGAAGAAGAAGAAGACGAAGAAGAGGAGGGUGAUGAGUCWAAAGAUGGUGUAGAUGGAGCCGACGAUGACGGAGAGAAUGAAGAUGAGGAGGAGGAGGACGAAGAUGUUGAUGCAGAUGCGAUCAAAGUUGAAUGCGUAGAAGCUGUUCUCGAAGAACCAACCCCAGAUGUUCCUGGUUACGUACUCAAGAAAAAGGAAGAAUCGACACCACAAAAACUUGAAAUGUGGUUUUCAGAAGAAAUGAGUGAGACAGUAGGAGAUAUCACUGAAGCAUUUUUCAAUCAUUAUGAAAGCAAGAAACUACCUGUUCUACAAAUUACUAAAUUUGACGUAAUUGAAGAAAGAGAUGAAAUAUACCAGAUUGACGUUUUAGAAGCAGAGUAUAACAAAGCCUAUGCCAUUAGAGAAAAGGAAAAAGAUUCAGAUGAUAGUAACCUUGCGCAUAGUCUUCACUGUUUAGUACGUGUUGCUGGAAAAGAUGGGAAAACAUGGUCCACGCAGUACUUUAAGCCAGAAGAUGACUAGUAAUAAUCUUGUGUACAGAGACGAUAGUGGACAUUUGUCAUUUGUUUUUCUCAGAUCAGAUGAUUCUUAAUCCUUUCACCAAGCACAGAAUCAAUGUAGCUUUUCAAGAGACCUCCUUUUGUAACUAUACUGCUUUUCGUUUUAUAAUGCUGUAAAAUAAAUGUUUGAGCCAAACAAUAUAUUUCCC